AGCCCCUGAACUGCCCAMAGCCCCCUAAUGCCCCCCUCAUUCUCAUAACUGCGCCUCCCAGUCCCACAAUCACCCACCCGCUCCAUAACUGCCCCUGCUGCCCCCUCAGCCCCAUAASUGUCCUCUAGUUCCCAUAACCUCCUCAGCUGCCCCCAGGCACAUAAGUGCCCCCUCAGUCUCACAAUUUCCCCCCAGUUCCCUAAGUGCCCCCUCAGCCUCCCACCCGCCCCUCCAGACCCGUGACCUUCCCCCCAGCACCAUCAUUUCUCUCCCAGCCCCACAACUGCACGCCCAGCCCCAGAACUGCUCCUGCUGUUCCCCCCAGCCCCAGAACUGCCCCCUAGUCCCAUAAGCACCCCAGCUGCUCCUCCAGACCCAUAACUGCCCCUCAGCCCCACAACUGCACCCCCAGCCCCACAAUUGCUCCCUCAGCCCCACAACUGCCCACGUGACCGCCGGUGACGCAAGGCCGCGGGGUCACGUGCGCAGCCAGGCCCCGCCCCCAGCGCCAUCCGCGACCCAGAUGGGCUGGGUUGGUGACGUAGAGUGGUGGGCGGGGAUAUGCAAAUUCAACCGGGAGGGGCGGGGUUUGGUGACGUAGGUCGGGGCGGGGCAUGCGGCGGGAGCGGUGGCGCGCGCCAUGGGGCAGCGGGAGCCCGACCUGUACCGGGACACGUGGGUCCGAUACCUGGGUUACGCCAACGAGGUGGGCGAGUCCUUCCGCCCGCUGGUGCCAGUGCCGGUGGUGUGGGCCAGCUACGGCGUGGCCACCGCCUACGUGACCGCCGACGCCAUCGACAAGGGUCGCAAAGCCGCCACUGUGAGUGCCACCCCCUCCUCACCUCCCUGGCCGCUCCCUCCUCACCUUCUGCUGACCCCCACGUCCCCCCAGGUCCAUGCACAGGACCCCAUGCGGGUGGGGGUGGCCGUGGUGGACACCUUCGUGUGGCAGAGCCUGGCCUCGGUGGCCAUCCCCGGCUUCACCAUCAACCGGCUCUGCGCUGCCUCGCUGGCCCUGCUGGGCUCCCUGACCCGCUGGCCCCUGUCCGUGCGCCGCUGGACCACCACUGCCCUGGGGCUGGCUGCCAUCCCCCUCAUCAUCACCCCCAUCGACAGGACUGUGGAUUUCCUGAUGGAUUCCAGCCUCCGCAAGCUUUAUGGGAAACCCGGAGAGCCCCCAGCGUCCCACUGAGCACCGCCCCRCGCACUCUGGGGAAACUGAGGCAUGCUGCUGUGACCCACCUACUGUGACUCCACACUCUGGUGCCCCCCGGAGUGGCCACCCUGGCCCACACUGGUCCUAAUAAACCAUUUCAAA